AAAAAAGAUUCUACCCAAUUUGCACAUCCAGUUGGCAUAAAUUAUCAGUGAGUGACUUUGGCUUUGGUUAACAAAAUUUAAAUAAAUUUGUUUUAAAGUGCUGCAAUCACUUCACUCAAACCCAUUAGUUGUGAAUAGAGUAUGUAUGCUCUUUAGUGUAAAUCAAGUCUAAUUUCUGUAACUACAAAAUAAGUAUGUGAAUUAAUUUCCAUUAAAAAAAAAUAGUCCUAUCCCUUGAUGCCAAGGAGGCAGAACAGGAGAAUAGGGCACUGGAUUUGGAGCUGGUAUGCCUGAGUUUUAGUCUCUAUUGUCACAGACUGUGAGCUUCCCAAUUUUAAUAAUUAAUAUUCUUGUACCCAGUUCCCUAACCUCCAAAACAAGCAUGUUAAUUUAGUAAGAUGACCUUUUCUGAAACCUACCACUGUCUCUGGCACACCAUGCAUCUUCACGGCUAGAUGGUUAGCCUUCAUGAUGAUACAGUUGAGUCAAGUAACAUCAAUCUCCAAUACUAAGAAAAUUUAAGAUAGAAUAUCUUGCUACAUCAGCCCCUGAACAUCACUUUCAAAAUAUUUCUCACACUGGAGACAAAAACAUUCCUAACGCAAGUUAGAAGUUUGGAAGCCUUUUCUUAGUUCAGCUAGAAAACUUUCAUAGCUAAAGAAUGCUUUUAUUCUAAAGCUCAAGGUAAGCAGAUUUUGAGAGCAGAGCAUCGUUCAUGAAUACGUAUGAGGCUGAAUUUAGGUUUUUUGUUUGUGGAGGCAGUUUGACGGGGUCAUUAAUGUAUUUGGGAAGAGGCAGGAGAGAAAAUGUCCUAUGUAUGAGAACAAGAUGUAGGGAAUGAGCUUCUCAAGAAGAGGGGGAAAAACACUGGAGAGACAUGUAUUUUAGUAAUUUCAUCAAUUCUUAAUCAACAUGACAAAGAUACAGGUGAUAGAGCCAUUCCUCUACAGAGAUCAGAUGCCCAGACCCAGGCAGUUAGCUACCUCGGAAGGUUUUGUUGUUUUUGUUCGUUUGUUUGUUUGUUUUGGGGGGCGGGGUUUGCUUCAUGCUGUCUUCUCUCCCUCCCUUCCUCUUUUAAAUAUUGUGCUCUGACUUAUGGCAAGGUUUGGUGAGUGACACAUGGCAGGAAGCACUUUUAUUUGAAACAGCUCUCCCAGGAUAACCAGGCUUUCCUCCAUUUACAUGUAUAAAAGUCUAAAACUAUCUUGGCAUCAACCAAAUUUUAUCAUCCUUUUAUAUAGCUGUGUCAACCUUGGCAGCAUUUAAAAGCAAGGAAACUGAAAUGGUUUCUUCAGGAUGCAAGCAUGCUGAGGCCUCAUAUACAUGCGUUAUAGCUGGUUUCCAUAAGACACCAGACAGGAGCCAGCUGCCAACUGAAAAGAUCAAAUCAGUGAAUCAGAGUACCCAAUGGAUUAUCUUAAUUAACUACUUCGUAAUCAGUAUGGUUUGUUUAUGUAAAUGCAUUCACUCAACAAAUGCAUUCAUGCUAUCAACAGGCUCUGUCCUAGCUGUUUGAAAUGUAUCAGUGUGGUAAGCACUCAUUUUUUUCAUGACUAGGUCCUUAUGGAGUGUAUUAGCCUUCUAAUGAGAAAAGUUUAAAAAUCUGUGGUAGAAAGAAAGGCUUUCAAAAUGCAACCAACAUUUGAAUGCCAGCUAUUCUGUAUUAGCUAGUUAAUCUUUAGAGUGAUUUAAUCUCUCUGGGCCUUUUUUCCAUAUCAGCCUUAAGGCUUAAGGAAGGUGUGUGCCACGUAGAUGCUUGGUAAAUACCCUCCCCCUCCCCCACCACUGAGAGUUGUGCUUUCCGAAACUCAAGAAUCCUCUUCAAGCUUGUGUCCUGAUAAGUCCUUUCUCCUGCUUCCUUCAGGUGGUAUACCAGUUAGCCCCGCUCAGGCAGGACCAUGGAACCCAACAUCUUUAGUCUUCAAUCAGUCCACUUCAGUGGUCCCAGGAGCCAUGAUGAGUAGUCAGCCUUCAGGAUUCGGUCAGCCAGUAGUUUUUACCACAAGCCCAGCUGUUCCAGGUUGGAACCAGCCUUCAUCCUUUGCAGUCUCAACUUCCCCUCCAGCCCCUGUUGUUUGGGGCCCAUCAGCAUCUGUGGCACCCAAUACUUGGUCCUCAACAAGCCCUUUAGGGAACCCUUUCCAGAGCAAUAUUUUUCCAGCUUCUUCUGUGUCUACCCAGUCCCCUUCUAUGCUCUCCUCUCUUCUGGUCGCUCCUCCUCAACCACCUCCCAGAACUGGCCCUCCGAAGGACAUCUCCAGUGAUGCCUUCACUGCCUUGGACCCACUUGGGGAUAAAGAAGUCAAAGAAGUGAAAGAAAUGUUUAAGGACUUCCAGCUGCGGCAGCCACCUGCUGUGCCUGCAAGGAAGGGAGAACAGACUUCCUCUGGGACUUCAAGUGCCUUCUCCAGUUAUUUCAACAGCAAAGUUGGCAUUCCUCAGGAGAAUGCAGACCAUGAUGACUUUGAUGCUAAUCAACUGUUGAAAAAGAUCAAUGAACCACCAAAGCCAGCUCCCAGACAAGGUUCCCUGCCAGUUACCAAAUCUGCAGACAACGCAUUUGAGAACCCUUUCUCUAAAGAUUCUUUCAGUUCAUCACAAGCCUCUAUGGCUUCUCAACCCACAUCUUCUGAUGUAUAUAGGGAUCCUUUUGGAAAUCCUUUUGCCUAACUUCUGAACUUGAUAUGCUGACUAUCCAGAGGAACAAAAAGGUUGGCCUUAGUUGUCAAGGACAAAGUUAAUAGUCAGACACGUCCUGACCUCUGCUCUCAUUCCAGCUUUGACAUAUUAUCUGUUACCUUAUUGCUUGCUGCCUCUUCCACUUGUAAAAUGCCUUUCACUUUUCUGUUUAGAUUAAAGCUAAACUGAAUUUAUGGCUUUAAAUAAAUUAAGAAUCUAAAUUCUCUAGCUUAAAUGUAAAUAAAGUAGUUUCCCUACUUGAACCAUUGCCUAGUGUGUUCUAGAACCUUCUAGAACACUACCAUGUACCCUCUGCUUGAGAGAUGCAGCCACCACAACUCCUCAGAUGACACUGUUUUGAAUAAAUUUUAAAAUCCUUACUGUUCAGAGUUGUUUGGGGCUUCUAUUUUAUAGCACAAAACCUAAAGGUUAUAGUAUAACAAGGCACCUUCUUAAAUCUUGCUUCAUAUCAACAUUUAUAGAGAAUUUUUAAAGUAAAAUUGAAGCAAGUCCAACUUCUCCCUAGACAACUGGGAAUCUGAUACACUUAAGGACCUUUUUAAAAAUAUAAUUUCUCUUUCUGAAGAUUAUUUUCUCUCAAGGGCAAGAUUGUUGUUGUUGUUUUUUUUCCAAUCUCUUGCUAGAUAGUGCAAAUGAGGGAAAAACAUUAUUUGUCUCUCCUCUCCUCUUCCCUCUGAUUCUUUUUUUCAGUCAGUUUUGCUCCCAGGUUCAUAUAACAUUACUUCCCUUCCACAAGCAACAGAGUUUUAUGGGGCAAAAAAAAAAAAAAUCUAAGGAUUCAUGGAUCUGAAACAUCUCUGCCUUCUCAGUAAUCGCUAAAUCCCGUAACGAAUCGCAAAUGGACACAACCUUUAUCCUUUCUAUGGAAUAGGAGGCCAUCCUCUUGAGCUGAAGUUCCAGAAGAGCAGUUCAUGUUGAAGAAGAUGAAAGAAAAACUGAAGAAAAACUGAACUCAACUCAGCAAUGAAGGACUGUAUUCUGAAGAGCCAACACAUCAGAAAGUUCAAUGUGAUUGUGCCAAAUAUAUUAGGUGCUUAUAUGGGGUCAUACUAGACCUUUAUCAAGUAACUGGAAAACUUGCUUGAAGCCACAAUCUCAUAGUUAGUUGGAAGAUAAAUGGUGAGGGGGUGGGAGGAGAGAAGCUGUAGAACAAGUAUUUGGUGUUAUCAUUGAAAAAUCUAAUGUCUGCAGUAUUUUUCUCCUCAUAACCUUGGAAACUCUCCCAGUUCAUUUCCAGUCAUAUUGUUAGCACAGUUCUGAAGGAUUUGUUCUUGCCAAAAUGAGUUUCAUUUUGUUAUGUUUAUGUUGGGUUUUUAAAUGUUGUCUCUUGACCCUUAGUGCUCAGGUUCUUGUGGGUGUUAAUCAACCAUACAACGUUACCUUUAGGUAGAAGAGGAGGAUGACUGCUCAGGAUCUAAACAAGAUGGUGGCCUCACGAACCUUUAUUGAUUAGUCCCACGUAGUCCAAGCUAAAGUCUUGUGGUUUUAUGUUUAAUGGUAAUAGCUGAUCAUGUAUGGCAUGAUUUUCCAUCUGGCUUCCUACUCAGUCAUUAUAAACACAGACUUAAAAAUAGUAUUUUAUAUGUCCCAAUACCUGAAUGUGCUCAACUGGAGGCAAUUAUUUCUAGAUAGUUGAAAUUUUGAAAGUAGACAAAUUUUGAAAAGGAUGAUCAGCCACACAACUGUUUUGUACAUACUUAUUUUCUUGUGCACUUUUCUGUAUGCAAAUAAAGCUAUAAAUUUACUCAUUUCAAUAAACUGGAAUGGCAGAA